UCCAAGUUCUAUAUAAACCACACUCCACCCCACACCAUUUCUCACACAGCAAUUCAAAACUACCUUUCAACUUUCAAGUCUUAGCAAAUCAUUCCCCUGUUUUUUCAUCAUGGCCCCUGACUUAACCACCGCUGCUACUCCCAUUACCACCACUGAGCAACCCUUAGCCACCCGUGCCUUUGUCACUUUCCUUGCCGGUAACGGUGACUAUGUGAAGGGUGUUGUUGGGUUGGCCAAAGGACUGAGGAAGGUUCAGUCAAUCUACCCUCUUGUGGUUGCUAUUUUGCCUGAUGUUCCUGAGGAGCACCGUAAGAUCUUGCUCUCUCAAGGUUGCAUUGUCAGGGAGAUUGUGCCGGUGUACCCGCCGAAGAAUCAAACCCAGUUUGCCCAUGCCUAUUAUGUAAUCAAUUACUCCAAGCUGCGUAUUUGGGAGUUUGUGGAGUACAGCAAGAUGAUCUACCUAGAUGGUGACAUUCAGGUUUUUGAGAACAUUGACCACUUGUUUGACAUGCCUGAUAACCAAUUUUAUGCUGUGAAGGACUGUUUCUGUGAGCCCAGUUGGCGCCACACUAAGCAGUACUCAAUCAAGUACUGCCAACAAUGCCCUGAUAAGGUUGACUGGCCCUCUAAUUUUGGUCCUAGGCCCCCUCUCUAUUUCAAUGCUGGGUUUUUUGUUUAUGAGCCUAAUUUGGAAACUUACCAUGAUCUCCUCAAAACAUGCGAAGCCACCACACCCACUUCCUUUGCUGAACAGGAUUUUCUGAACAUGUACUUUAGGGAUAAGUACAAGCCUAUUCCUAAUGUGUACAACCUUGUGCUGGCCAUGUUGUGGCGUCAUCCUGAGAAUGUUCAACUUGACAAAGUUAAAGUUGUUCACUAUUGUGCUUUUGGAUCAAAGCCUUGGAGGUUCACGGGAGAGGAAGAGAACAUGGACAGAAAAGACAUCAAGAUGCUUGUGAAGAAAUGGUGGGAUAUUUAUGAGGAUGAGACAUUGGAUUGGAACUACAUUAAUCCAAGCUACACGGAGAAGGUGUUGAUUGAUGGUGGUGGCGUUAAGAAUGUGUCUGCUCCAUCUGCUGCUUAAUAUGCUUGACUAAAAGUCUCUAUUCUAAGAACUAAUUUAAUUUAGUAUUUUGGUGUUUUUUUUUUCUUUUUUAAGGUCUUCUAUGUGGUUUUAAUUUGGGUAUGACCUUCCUUGUAAGUAAGGAAAGAGUCACGUAUCGUAUGACUUUUGGUGGAUAGGAUUUUGCGGGGCCUUUUUUGCGAGUCCAUUUUCAUUUUGUUGUCCUUGAUCAGCGGUUAAAUGCUGGGCUGUGGAUACCUUUAAUUUCAAUUGGAACUUUUUAUUUGCCUUAUAUUUCUUUUCCUUCUCACAAUUUUCU